AAUUUAAAAAUAUCCAUCAGUUUCUCUCUCAUCUCUACAACAAGACAACAAGUACCAGAAACCAAACCAAAAACCUGCUUUCUUGUUUUCUUCAAAUGCCAUAUGUCCAUUUAACACAACUAACUGGAUACAUACAUACAUACAUACAUAAACAUAAACGACACCGUUUUAAUUAGUUAGAAUGAAAUGAGGUGUUUUCAUUUUACUAACGGAGAGAGGAAACCAGACGGCGAAGACGUCGUCGUUUCGAGGUCAUCUGCGAGAGUAUCGUGGGCCCGGUCUCUGAGUGUAGCAUCCAGCAGCGUUGAUACGACUCGUCGUUCUGAGUUCGACUCUGAGUGUAGUGAGUUGGGUGACUCGGUGGGGUUUCUGGAGUUGCUGACUCAGCGUCGAGCGAAUGAUGUUAGGGUUUUUAAAUUCUCGGAGUUGAAAGCGGCUACUAAAGGGUUUAAUCGGACGCUUAUGAUUGGUGAAGGUGGGUUUGGUUGUGUUUAUAGAGGAGUUGUUAAGGUCGCCGGUGACGGUGACGGUGAUGGUGGUGGUGACGGUGGUGAUCGGUUUUUGGAUGUUGCUAUUAAGCAAUUGGAUCGAAAUGGUUUUCAGUUUUCAGGGGCAUAAGGAAUGGAUCAACGAAGUUAACUUUCUAGGAGUGGUUAACCAUCCAAAUCUUGUGAAGUUAGUCGGAUAUUGUGCGGAAGAUGAUGAAAGAGGGAUUCAAAGGCUGUUAGUUUAUGAACUUAUGAGCAAUAAAAGUUUGGAGGAUCAUUUAUUGGGUCGUUCGAAAUCGCCUCUUUCUUGGAUGACACGUUUACGAAUUGCUGAAGGUGCGGCUCGUGGUCUGGCUUACCUACAUGAAGAAAUGGACUUUCAGUUAAUCUUUCGAGAUUUUAAAACGUCAAACAUUCUUCUGGAUGAAGAUUUUACACCGAAGCUCUCAGAUUUUGGAUUGGCUAGACAGGGCCCCGCUGCCGGACUGACCCACGUUUCCACAGUCGUUGUUGGGACAGUAGGUUACGCAGCUCCAGAAUACGUACAGACGGGUAGAUUAACAUCUAAAAGUGAUGUUUGGAGCUUUGGGGUGGUCCUAUACGAGCUUAUCACGGGUAGGCGAGCAGUGGAACGAAACUUACCGCGAAACGAACAAAAGCUUUUGGAAUGGGUCAAACCUUACAUUUCAGAUUCAAAAAAAUUCCACCUCAUUAUCGAUCCGCGCCUCGAAGGAGAUUACCCGAUUAAAUCGGUUCAUAAACUCGCACAUCUAGCCAACAAAUGCCUUACGAAGAAUCCUAAAUCCCGGCCCAAAAUGAGCGAAGUGGUCGAGAUGUUAGGGAACAUCAUUGAUGAUGUCAUGCCACCUCAAGAGGAACCCGAAGCCCAAACCGAAACGGAAACGGAAACCCAAGUUGCGGAAGAAAAUGAAGACGGUCUAGGCGAAGAGGGAUGUGGGGUUAACUAUGUGAGGCGGGUUUUUGAAUUUAAAGAAUUGGUUAGUUUGAGAAACCGAUCGUGUGGGAGAUUAGAUUGGCGGUAUUGGACACACGGGAGUCGUUGAAAUAAGCGGUUCGGAUUCGGGCCUUUGUGUUUUGUAUCACAUUUGUUUGUAUUCUACUUCAUAAAACUAUGAUGGGCAAGUUCAGGUGGUUUUUUUUUACUCUGAACAAGGUCUAAGACGUCUAGUUUAUAUGGCGGUCCAAAUAGCUUGUGUCUUGCAAAUAUCUUGCUCGAAAUUCGGUCGUUUAAAUUUUAGACCGAACUGAGCUGGCUUGUUUAAGUUUCGAGAGUCACGGUCGGCUUGCUCUUUGGUUCAUGAAUAAAAAUUUAAUUUUUA